AUGGCGCCCAUUACGCGAUCCGGCAGCAAGCGCGCAAGCGGCGAAGCUGUAGACACCAAAGUCACCAAGAAAGCGAAACGUUCGGUCAAGACCGCUGCGAAGCCUGCGAAGGAGGAGCCCGCAAGCGAAGAUCCGCAGUACUUCCGCUUCCUCGAUCUUUCUCCAGAACUGCGGAACAGAGUAUACGAAUACGCCAGAGAAGACGACUCCACCCGCUUUGCUCCACGGCCCAAUCAAGACCCCCUACGUUUUGCUCACCCCCCACGCACAGUGCGCCCCUGGAAGUACUUCGCUCUAACUCACGUCUGUACACAAGUCCGCGCAGAGUUUCGUCCUCUUUGGGUUCGGGAUCUUCGUGUUGCAUUCUCGGCGACUACUCAGUUAACCACCUUCCUCGAUACUUUUCUACGAUUUGAGAACGAACCCAAGCACAUGCCGAAGCUCAUACAGUACUUAUGGGAUCAUGGAAACGACGACCUGAUGAGAUUCAAUCUGACGCGCAUUCUGCGUGUGCAUGCACACUCUCCAUCAUCGCAAUUUGCGCUCGUUCCUGAGAGCGUUGCUCUAGGAUCGAGUGUAGACGGCGACAUCUGUCAAAUGUGUCUGAGGCGAUAUCACAGAGAGGAAGAAGGCCUGUAUCCAUACAGCGACGAUGACGACGAGUGCACCUGUCCGGAUUUUGAUAUGAGCCAGAGCGAGUGGGAAGAGUUCAAGCACGACCAGAUGGAAUACACUUCCGACAUACCUGUAUUCGUUCACAAUACGAAUGAGGCUUGGAUCAAAGCUGUACAGGAGAACAAAGUGACCGUCACUUGCUCAUUCUGUCAUUGGAGCCACCAUGCCAUCUUCAAAAUUCUCUACAAAGAUCCAGUCUGCGAGACGACGGCUGAUUCUCAACCGGCAUGGGAUUUGAUGAAGCAAUGGGGCAUCCUCGACCUUCCAACCAAACGAGGAACAGACUUCAUAUUCGCGUACGAGGAUAGGCAGACCACGGAAAAAGACGGUCACAGCAUGGCACACUCCGUCACACGCCAAAUCGUCUUUCGGAAGACACCUUCGAAGGCCUAA